AUGUCGCUGCAAACGCAGAACCUACACAAAGUUUCCGAGAUCCCGCUCUCGCAGAUCAAGAGACCCAUUGCACCCGUGCUAGACGAACCCAAGAUCGACUCCAUGGAGACCACGCUCAAAACAAACGCGGAACUGCCUCCGGUAGACGUGCUCCAGAUGAAGAACAGCAAAGGUAGCGUGGUGAACUUUGCGUUUGGCGGUUGCCACCGUCUGCAAGCAUACGAUCGUCUCGCACGAGCCACCAACGGGGAUCCCUUGGUACGUUGCAAGAUUCUGCCCGCGACGCGCCAGCAGCUGGAGCUGUAUCUAGGCUCGUCGCUCGCUGUGAUCGACGACGAGUGA